AACCAAAAUUAUGCAAGCUCUAUCCCAGAUGCAGAGUGGAAAAUUCCCAAGUCCAGAUGGAAUCCCUGUAGAAGUCUUUAAAGAGUUUUCUUCUCAGGUCUCCCUACUACUUGUUUUAGGUUUUGAAGAAUAAUUUAAUAAUGGUACUCUUUCACCUACGCUGCAUCAGGCCUUGAUCUUGUCACAGUUCCCCCUGACACUCACAGUGCACACACCCCAUGAUCUCUCGCUCCCGAAUUCUAAUCACCUGCACCUGAAGCUUGUUCCCACAUUCAUCAACCUCACAGUAUUUAUGCUCCACUCCCCCGUCACUCCUUGUCUGGUCUCAACUACGAUCACAGACUCACUUACCUGCUUCUUCCUGGAGACUCUCCGUUAUAUCCCUAACUCGCCUCUACAACAAAGUCCUGUUCCUAGCUCUACUCCUCCUUCUUCCAGUUCCGGUUUCCUCGCUAUUCAGCGAACUGCAGUCAUCACCCAGGUUUCCUCGCUAUUCAGCGAACUGCAGUCAUCACCCAGGUUUCCUCGCUAUUCAGCGAACUGCAGUCAUCACCCAGGUUUCCUCGCUAUUCAGCGAACUGCAGUCAUCACCCAGGUUUCCUCGCUAUUCAGCGAACUGCAGUCAUCACCCAGGUUUCCUCGCUAUUCAGUGAACUGCAGUCAUCACCCAGGUUUACUUGCUAUUCAGCGGACUGCAUCCAUCACCCAGGUUUCCUCGCUAUUCAGCGAACUGCAGUCAUCAGCCAGGUUUCCUCGCUAUUCAGCGAACUGCAGUCAUCACCCAGGUUUCCUCGCUAUUCAGCGGACUGCAUCCAUCACCCAGGUUUCCUCGCUAUUCAGCGAACUGCAGUCAUCAGCCAGGUUUCCUCGCUAUUCAGCGAACUGCAGUCAUCACCCAGGUUUACUCGCUAUCCAGCGAACCGCAGUCAUCACCCAGGUUUACCCAUUCCCCUAUAUCCCUCAAUAAACUACACCUCCGGGUUUAACACUACCAUCGAGUCUGAGUAUCUGUUACAGA